AAAUAAGACUCUACUGAUCCACCUUUCUGAGAUGCAAAUUCAAUGACUCUGCAAACACCCUUGCUAGUAUUAUACCACCCAAUCCUUUAUUUCACUCAACAUCAUUGAUCAUUUGAUAUCAGGCAAUCCUUUAAUUUUAAUUGAAUUCUAAGCAUCUUUAUGUGCCCUAUGUAAUCAAUUCGCUCUGGGAUAUCAAAAACUCAUCGAUAAAUCCUUCAAAAAUGUUUAAUUUCUUGUGUAGAAAUGCCCUUGAAAAAUGCAAAGUGUCAUCUUUCCCUAUUUUCCCCUGUUUCUUUGAUGGCAAACAUUUUCACUUUCUUGGGUAAAGAAUGUUGAU